AUGAAGGCAAAUGAAAAGAGAACAAACAAUAAUAUAGAUAACAAAAAUGAAGAGGAAGAUACACAAAUAAUUGGAGACAAACUUAAUGAUAUAAACCUAAAGUUAGAACCAUAUGGAAAAGGAGAUUAUCAAUUAUUGAGAUAUCUACCUGAUGGUUCACUAGCUUUUGAAGAAGUACCAAAUGAAGAAAAUAAAAAUAAACAACAUUUACAACAAUAUGCACAAAUAUUUUGUUCAGAAAUGGAAAAAUAUAAAAUAGAAAAUAGUAAUGAUUUAAAUUUGAAAAAUAAUAGUGAAUGGAAUAAAGGAGAAGAAUAUAGAAUAUUAGUAGAAAAUGAAUUAAAAGAAAUUAUGAUAUUAUUUGAUAUGAUAUUAGGCACAUUAAAUUAUGAUAAAGGAACAAAAUAUUUAUCUUUAAAUAAAUGUAAUUAUUAUAGAGACCCAAAAGAAAAUAAACAAGAUAUAUGUAUUUCUGUUACUAACAGAAUUGAGAUAUUAGAAAAAUUAAAAAAAAUUUGUGAAAAUGAAAGGAUACAAUUAAAUUCGAUAAAUGGAAUAAUUGCUCAAAAAUAUUAUUUAUUUUUUAUCAAUCAAUUAAUAAAACAUUGGAGAAUUUUAUAUACAAAAUAUUCUGAAAUUGAUUAUAUGCAGAUAGAUAAUAAUUUCCCAUAUUGUACUGAAUUAUCAGUUGAAUUUUUUUUUUUACCAUCUAUUUUUUGGAAAAUAUCAACAAACCCUAUAUUUUUAUUAUGGCCUCCAUAUCCUUCAUUUUCUCCUUUUAAAUCUCAAUACGCACACAUUACCUUUUCAAUUAAAAAUGUGGGCGAACAGAACGAACAUAAUGGGGAGACUGUAAAAGGGGAAGAGAACGAAAAUAAUGGAGAGACUGUAAAAGGGGAAGAGAACGAACAUAAUGGGGAGAGUGUAAAAGGAGACCAAAAUGGACGGGCAUAUUUAGAAAAUAACUACAUUUUUGAAAAUAUUACAAAAGACGAAAUGAAUAUGUUCUAUUUGUUGGAUAACAAAAGUAAUGUUUCAAUUCAAUUCGAAGGAAUAUCUGCACACUUAAUCGAAAAUAAUUAUCAUAUACAAUUUUAUUUACGUCCUUUAAAUGUUAAAUUAAAAGAGGAAAAUAAAUUAAAAAAAAUUGUAAAUAUGACCCAAAAUAAUAUUACCACAAUACCUGAAAAUAUAAUUUUCAAACAAGCUAAAAAUGUUCAUGAAAAAUUAACAAAAGCUCAAUGGGUAUUAAUUGAUAAAUCGAUUUUUUGUAUUUUAGCUGAACAAACAAAUAAUUUAAAAGAUAAAAAUAAUGAAAUUUUAAUAAACCUUGAUAAUAAUAUAAAAGAAAAUAUUAACCGAAAUAUAAAAAUACAUUGUACACAAAUAAAUCAUAAAUCAAUUGAUUUUUUUAUUAAUAAUAUUGUUAUUCCAUCUUCAAAAAAAAAAAAAACGAAAGUAGAUUUUUCUUUUUCUAUUACAUAUGAAGCUAGCGAUGUAAAUGGUCAAUGUGUAUAUACUAAAACAUGUGAAAAUAGUGAUGACAAUAAUGAUGAUAAUAAUAAUGAUGGCAAUAAUAAUGAUGGCAAUAAUAAUGAUAAAACGAUGGAACAUUUAGAUGAAGAAAUAUGCGAAGAUGACGAUAUAGAAAAACAACAAAUUUAUGUAGAAGAUAUUGUUGAUAAUGAAUUAAUCCAAAUUGUUUUAAAUCUAGCUCUUUCCAAAAUACGAGAUUUAUUUAUUUGUGCAUGGAAAUAUUUUUCUUUUCAAAUGCCUUAUUACUCUUCUGAUAUACAUCCCAUAAUAUAUCAAAAUGCAUUUCCAAGUUCUCAUUCAGACACACUACUCACGACAUUUUUUUCAUGGUUUAUCACAGCGUUGGAAAAAUAUUUGAGAGUAUAUAGAAAGUGA